CCAUACCCGACCCAUAAUUUAAAAGCCCGCAUUUUCAUAACCCUUUAAGUUCAACAUACAAGGCAUUAGGGUUUCUCUUUCGUAUAAAAGCUUUCUCCUUCCUUCCGCCACUUCCAUCAACAACAACAACAGCACCAAUGGCACCAAAGCGCGGUGGAAAAGCACCAGUUGCAGCUGCUAAGAAGAAGCAGCCAGAGAAAGUGGUGAACCCACUUUUCGAGAAAAGACCUAAGCAAUUUGGGAUCGGUGGUGCUUUACCUCCAAAGAGAGAUUUAACAAGGUUUGUGAAAUGGCCUAAGAAUGUUCAAAUCCAGAGGAAGAAGAGAAUCCUUAAGCAGAGGUUGAAGGUUCCACCAGCACUUAAUCAGUUCACUAAGACUCUUGAUAAGAACCUUGCCACAAACCUUUUCAAGAUGCUCCUCAAGUAUAGGCCAGAGGACAAAGCUGAGAAGAAAGAGCGUCUUUUGAAAAAGGCUCAAGCCGAAACUGAGGGCAAAACCGUUGAGACAAAGAAGCCUAUUAAUGUGAAAUAUGGUCUCAACCAUGUUACAUAUCUUAUUGAGCAGAACAAGGCACAGCUUGUUGUGAUUGCUCAUGAUGUCGACCCAAUUGAGCUUGUCGUCUGGCUUCCAGCAUUGUGCAGGAAGAUGGAAAUUCCUUACUGCAUUGUUAAGGGCAAAGCACGUUUGGGAACUAUUGUUCACAAGAAAACUGCUGCUGUUUUGUGCCUGACCACUGUCAAGAAUGAAGACAAAAUGGAAUUCAGCAGAAUCCUAGAAGCCAUUAAGGCCAACUUCAACGACAAGUAUGAUGAAUACAGGAAGAAGUGGGGUGGUGGUAUUAUGGGUUCCAAAUCUCAAGCCAAGACCAAGGCCAAGGAAAGACUCAUUGCCAAGGAAGCUGCUCAAAGAAUGACCUAGAAAUUUCAUAUGCUUUUGGUUAUUUUAGAACUUUCUGUUUUGUUAUUCUUCUAUAUUUUUGGUGGAGGCUUUAAAAACAAGUAUAAUGUGCAAUUUUCCUUUCAUUCUGCUGUUAGCUUGUAAUUCACAACCAUGGUUUCAUUACCUGCGCCUUUUGCUGAAUUAUUUCAGUAGUUGUUUUAGACUUAAAUAUGGAUUGUGUUUUUUUGUCUUCAAAA